CCCGCUGCCGUCCCGCCGCUGCGCCCCGGGGGCUCCCCUGCUGGCCUCGGCCCGGGGCCGGGUGUCCGCGGAGCCGCCUUCGCCCGCCGCCCGCCUCGGCUAUUUCCCACCGCGGCCGCAGGAGACAGAUUAAUCAGUCACUCGAUGGGGAUUAACAGUGGACCGCCUUUUUGUGAUACCUUUCCACCUCUCUGUAGCAAGAAAAAUAAUUUCAGCACCUCUUCAAUAAUAAUGAUGAAACUGGUAUUAACUGAAUGGCAAUUAUGGAUUUUUAACUCUAAUUCACAGUAAACCAGCAAGCCAUAUGUUUAAAAUUCUACCAAAUACCAUUCUGUUUUGCUGCAUGUCUGACAUAGAUGAGAAGUUGUGAGAUACCCAUUUGUACAAAGAGGAAUGUGUUAACCUGCAUGAGGAACGCCGCAGAAGCUGAACGAGAAGACACCUUAAUUUAUCAUUAAAGAUAUAUGAUAGUAUUAUUUAUAUAGAUAGAAUAAAGAUAUAUAUAUAUAUAUUUUUUGGUGGUAAUGAAAAUGGCUCCACAGAAUGCCGACUCGGAGUCUAUGCAAGUCCAAGAGCUCACUGCACCAGCCCCAGCCCUUCAGAAAUCUGAAAAUAAGGAGAAUGAGAACCGCGAUGAGACAGUUAGCGAAGGAUCCAUAGACCGCAUACCAGUUCGCCUUUGGGUGAUGCAUGGGGCAGUAAUGUUUGGCAGGGAAUUCUGUUAUGCCAUGGAAACGGCUUGGGUCACACCGGUAUUGUUGCAGAUUGGUCUUCCGGAACAGUACUAUAGCCUCACUUGGUUCCUUAGCCCUAUCCUGGGCCUUUUCUUCACUCCACUGAUAGGUUCUGCUAGUGACCGAUGUACGCUUAGCUGGGGCCGCCGGCGGCCUUUCAUUCUUGCUCUCUGCAUUGGAGUUCUCUUUGGAGUUGCACUUUUCCUCAAUGGUCCUGCCUUAGGUAUGGCCCUCGGUGAUGUCCCGAAUAAGCAUCCAAUUGGGAUCGUCCUCACGGUGCUUGGUGUCGUGGUUUUGGAUUUCAGUGCCGAUGCAACAGAAGGGCCGAUUCGUGCCUAUUUGUUGGAUGUUGUGGACAGUGAAGAACAAGACAUGGCGCUUAACAUCCAUGCCUUCUCAGCCGGUCUUGGAGGAGCAAUUGGCUAUGUUCUGGGAGGAUUGGAUUGGACACAGACUUUCUUGGGUCGCUGGUUUAAAACCCAGUAUCAAGUCCUCUUCUUCUUUGCAGCUGUCAUUUUCACCGUGUCUGUAGCCCUUCACCUUUUUAGCAUCGAAGAAGAGCAAUAUUGCCCUCAGCAAGAGCGAAUUGAAGAAGCAGACACCCUCUCCAGUGGCAAAUUCAGUAGCAGUCUCCCACACCUCAACCGCUUGAAUGUAAUUAAUGAGGGAGAGCCGUAUGGGGUCUCUAUGUUUGCUGAUGAAGUACAGUCUGAGCAUGAGCUCAGUAUGGACUAUCUCGAUGUGGACAUCGUGAGAAGUAAAAGUGACUCUGUACUUCACAUGCCUGAUGCAACAUUGGAAAUUGAGCCAGAGCUACUUUUCCUUCAUGACAUCGAACCCUCCAUUUUUCAGGACACUUCAAACCCUAACACUCCCCGAAGCACCAGCCAGGAGCUUAUGAAAUGCAAACGGAGCCGUUUGUCUACUCUCCUCAGGGAAAAUGAAAAAGAAAAUGAUAUGUUGCUUGAUAAUCACUUGAAUGAAGCCAAAGUCCCAAAUGGCAGUGGCUCCCCACCAAAAGAUCUCAUUAAUGGAAACUCUAAAAUGGCCUUGAAGACAUCCAAUACUUCAGGCUCCAUUCGAAGGAGAAGGCACAUGUUCUACCGCCAGGCAUCUUGCACCUUUUCGUACUAUGGCAAAGUAGGGUCUCACCGUUACCGUUUCCGCCGAGCUAAUGCCAUGGUGCUGAUUAAGUCAUCCCGCAGCAUGAAUGACAUCUAUGAUAUACAGAAGAGGCAUCGUCAGAGGUGCCGACAGAGGAACCAGAGCGGAGCAACUAAUUCCAGUGGCGACUCAGAGAGUGAAGAAGGGGAAACUGAGACCACUGUCAAACUGCUGUGGUUGUCUAUGUUAAAGAUGCCCAAGGAACUAAAGAGGCUUUGCCUGUGUCACCUCGUGACCUGGUUUUCAAUCAUUGCUGAAGCUGUGUUUUAUACAGAUUUUAUGGGCCAAGUCAUCUUUGAAGGCGACCCUAAGGCACCUUCAAAUUCUACUGCUUGGCAUGCAUAUAAUGCAGGUGUGAAGAUGGGCUGUUGGGGAUUAGUCAUCUAUGCCACUACUGCUGCUAUUUGCUCAGCCCUGUUACAGAAGUUUUUGGACAACUAUGACCUUAGUAUAAGGGUGAUUUACAUCCUAGGAACCCUGGGUUUUUCGAUUGGUACUGCGGUGAUGGCCAUUUUCUCCAACAUCUACGUCGCUAUGAUAAUGAUCAGCACUAUGGGCAUCGUCUCAAUGAGCAUAUCCUACUGUCCCUAUGUACUCUUAGGACAGUAUCAUGAGAUUAAAGAGUAUGUGCAGCAUAGCCCUGGAAAUUCAAGGCGUGGAUUUGGCAUUGACUGUGCGAUCCUCUCCUGCCAGGUUUAUAUUUCCCAAAUCCUCGUAGCCUCUGCGCUUGGUGGAGUGGUGGAUGCAGUAGGUACGGUCCGCGUUAUUCCCAUGGUGGCAUCUGUGGGAUCGUUUCUGGGCUUCUUGUCAGCAACAUUCCUGGUGAUUUACCCUGACGUCUGUGAAGAAUCCAAGGAGGAGCAUAAGGGACUGUCUUCUCAGCAUACAGCUGGGGCUGGCCACACUGAGGAGAAACCCAAUGUUUUAAAGCUUGUUCGGAAAAAGGAGUCCCAAGUCUCAGUAGAAAGCGAGUCAGUCAUCUGAAUCUGCCAUUCUUAUUUACACACAUUCCAAGCAGGAACUGGGGCUGAGUGUGGAGAUGGUCUUAAAGGGGGAGGGGUCGGGAUAGGGAGAAGUUUCUGAACGUUCUAUAAUUGCUGUUGCCUGAAUUAUGGCAUAAAUAAGAUUUCAUGCAAAAAUGUACUCAAAAUUCAUUAGUCUUAGGUUAAGUUUGAACCAGUAGGCAAAUGUAUAAAACUGAUUGCUUUCUCCACUUUAAAAAAUAGAAAAAAAACCCAGAAAAACCCCACAUUGCUUAUGAACACCUUUUCUUUUUUUUUUUUUAAUUAAGAAUAAGACCUUUCGAUUCCAACUAUUACUCAAAAUCUGCAGGUAUAUUGUUCUGCAUGUUUUUAACAUGUUACUGUAUAGACAAUAAGCAAUUUAGAAAAAUUAAGAAAUAUUUUGCCUUUUUUAGAUUGUAAUUUCAAACAGAAAGCUAUUUUGACAACUUUUAUGAGAUGUCAUCUGAAUCCCUCAGAUAAUGCUAGUUUAACUUGAAUAGACACUUUUAUCAAAAAAUUUUCCACAGACAACUUUAGUCUGACAGCUAUAGUUAUUUGGUCAAAUUUCACCGUAUUUUUUUGGUGCAACUAUUGAAUAUUUUUCUUUGCAAUCACUUUAGAAAAAAAUGACACAACAGUGUAGUUUCCUUUAAAAAAAAUGCAUUGGACAUUUUCCUCAAGACUGACUGAUCUAGGCCCCCGGGGCUGGGGGUUGGGGGUGGGAGGUAGGGUUGGGAACAUACCAAAGGUGGGAAGAACAGCCCAGAAGGUGACCUUUUAUUUGAAAUACCCACUUGACAAGGACACUUUGGUUUUAAUUAAUGCAUCAUCGGAACAUGCUGUGAUAAGACAUUAAGAGAAGACCCUUUAUUUGAACUGGUGAAUGCACUGCAGUGUGUGUCUGUGUCUGGCGUCUGGGCUCGUGUGUUUGUUGUGAGGGAUUUGUUUUUUUCCUGGCACCUGAUGCUGAUCAUCUCUGAAGCAACCGUGAAGGGGUAGAGGGGUGUUCUCCUAGAAGCCAGCUUCACAGAAUGGCUAACAGCCCUCUGGGGAAGGGAGGGUGGGGAUUUUUAUUUUUUUAAUUGCACUUUUUAUCAUCUUGAACCUUUUGUUGGGGAAAUCAUGCGAGCUGAGUUGAAGGCCUAGCACCACUACAACAGUCUGAAGGCCUACCUCUGAUCUGCGUGGAAUUGUCUCCUGGUAACAGAAUCCAUGUCUAAGGUAGCCUUGGGCCUUUAUGGAAAAAAAGAAAUGGAGAUCGGUGUGUGCCUUGCCUGCUGCUGGCUGGGUGGGCAGUGGCACCUGCUGCAGCCCUGGGGCCUCUGCUGACCCCUCAGCUAUGGAAUUCUGGAAUUGGGACUUCUGUAGGCAACCUCAUGGGUUUGGGUUUUUUCCCUCCAGAACAAAAGGAAAGACUGCUCUGUUUUCUACAUUUAAGAGAACCUUUAGUAUUUCCAUUUUUCAUAUACAAACAAAACUCAGAGUGGGGGUAAAGUAGAAAAUGCAGCUGCUAUUUGGGAACUUCUCUCCAACCACAGUUUCUCUGUCAACCAAGAAGCUCCUGCUCUUUCUUGUUAGCAGUGGCCACACUAUGAGCAAGCCUAUGGAUUUCAGGGAAGAGAGCCAGGGAGCCUGCUGCAGAUUAAACUGAUCAAUUGAGACAAUUGUGGUACUGCUGCCUCAAAGUGGUUGUUUUUAAAAUAAAGUACUUUAAGAUGCAUGUGAAUCAUGCUGCAAUAUGAUCAUUCAAAAGCAAAUAUAUAUUUCAAGAUAAAACUAAGAAGUUUUUAAAAUAAAUUACUUGAAUUUUCAGUGUAUAUAAGAGAAUGAAUAUGUUUUAAUGUACUGAUCUAAUCUACAUUCUUGCCAGUGUCUGUACAAGUUGCUGAUGGGAAUAUGUUUCUUUUGUUUGUUUUGUUCCUAAUAGCUUUCACAGUCUAUGUUCAUUCAAGUUAGACUCCCACCAGAAACAAAUGUGCUGUGUUAAGUUGCUGGAAUUUCCUAGCUCACAAGGACACCAAAUUGCACAGGACUUUUUCCAAGUCUCAGAUGUUGCUUGACUGUUUUCUAAACUUUGUUUUUGUUUUUUGUUUUUUGUUUUUAUUUAGAACUAUAUGUGUAUGUGAAUUUUUUGCUCAAAAAACCAACAGUACUACUGAAGGCAUUUACAACCUUGCUCAAAACCAUGCAGUUUCUUUGAAGUACCCUUGCUCCCCUUUUGGGGGAGCAGGGUUUUUUGUCAGCUUUCAUUCACUGGAACAGGUGCUGCAGACAGGAAGGCCUUGGGGGUUUCUCACUGGGCUUAAUGCCAUAAGCAGGUUGUCAUACAUGACUUUACAACUUUAAAAUACUGUUUAUCAGGACUUUGACUCUUGGUUUGGAGGGCCAUGGUCAGGUGUCUAAAGGCUUGUUGAUCCAGGUACAGGUGCUACCUUUUUAAAGAAUGAAAAAAUGGAUGAGGGAGAGACUCAAAUGAGAACACAAGCAGUAUGUUUAUAUUUUUAACGCAUCUCUAGUUUUUUUAAUGAAUUCGAUGGACCUUUGCUUUCUUGAGCCCUGGUGCUUGGAGAUGAUGGCAUUUUGCUGCUUGUGAAUAUGAUAGCUGAUGUGGCAGGGGAAUUAAGGAAUACCAAGCAUGAACCAUAUUAGUUCAUAGACAGGGAGAGAGACUGGGUACAGAAAUCCUAGGUUUCAGUUUUGUUUCUUACCAACAGGUGGCACCUUACAGGGCUGUUCCCUAGAGGAUGGUGGCCACCUUUUAUCCAUGUCUUCACCUUUGACAUUCAAGCCUUCACCCAGACCAUAGUCUUUUAAAUAGAACAAAGGCAAAACCCUGGCAUGUUCAGAUUUUAAGGUCUUGUAAAAGUAACUUGUAUUUUGAUUAAGAUCUUUCUACAGAAGAAUAUUCAUGAAAAGUUUUCUAAAUGUGCCUUAUGGCACUUAGUCGAAGUCAGUAUGUUCAUCUUUUUCUUUUUUUCUUUACUUUUUUUUGGGGGGGGGGGUAACAUGGGCAGAAGGAAAUUGCUGCACACUUUGGUAGAACUUUUAAGCUACAACUUUUUCAGAUGUUUUGCAACCAAAGUAUUUAGUACCAUGUAGGUAACUAGUUUCUACAUCAGAAACAAGAGGGAAAUAAAUGCCUUGCAGUUUGAGCUCCAAAAGAUUAUGGUUAACUGUUGAAGCUCUACAGCUUAGCUUUCAGGGAGGCAGAUACAUUAACCAACAUUUCCUUGCUUCCCCUUUUCUUCCCCUUCUCCGUGCCUGGGAUAAAAGACGUGUGUCCUCUCACUUCUAAGGAUGUGGGGGAAUUCUUUUAUCUCAGCCCCUCAAUGGCAGUCAAAUCACUUAAAAGAUUAUAUUGUUGAAUCUAAUAGAGUGUAAUCACCUUGUGUCUUAAGGAGAGGUGGGAGGAAGGAGGUUAGCAUUUUUUCACAGCAGAUUUGUAACUGCUUGAGUGAGUAUGUUCUCUAUUUUAUAUAUAUCCUGAAAUUACACUUCAGAUCAAAUAUGUACUGUAGCAGAUUUGAGCAUUAGUGGUUAAUAGUAGGGGUGAUUUUCCUUCCCUUUUAAAAAUGUCUCUGUAUACUAUUAACUUAGAAGAGAUUUUAUUUCUUUAUCAGCAAAUCUGAUUUGACUGUUACUGUACUUUUGGAAAGGUUCAAGUAGCUUAACAUAAGCCCUCUGUACUGUGCACUGGGUAAAAUACUUGGUUUAGCCAGCAUCUGGCCUAGUGUUUUACAAAGACAAAAAUAUAAAGGUUGACUCACUUAGGGAUCCUCAGGGCUGAAGACUCUGGUGGCUGAAGAACACAUUGAGAGUUAAGCAGGGUGCCCAGAAAAGAAACUUAUUUUAGCCAACAGAAUGGGAAUUUAUUUUUCUCUGAGCUGUUUCUUUCAGUUGCUUGACUCUUGUGCAUUAGAAAUACUCAUUUCCAAAAUAGGUUAGCAUUUGUCAGAUUUAGGGAUCAAGGCCUUUUUCUUCCCCCUAUCCUAUGUAGGUGAGCUCCGGAUAAGAAAAUUAAAAAAGAAAAAAUUGUUCUCAAAAGCUUACCAGACAGUAAUGGGAAGAGAAGAGAAGAAAGGAGAGGUUGAAGUAUCCAUUCGAGUCGUGAAUUGGAAGUCUUAAGCCCUUGGACCUUGCUUGUGCCCCUUUUGUAUUGUCAUCCUGGUUCUAAAGGGUCAGUUUCAAAGUUUGACCAGUUAACUUUGGUAUCUUAGAUGAAGGGGGGGGGAAUCUCAAUACUCUCUUCAGCAGUACUUUUCAGGUGUAAUUUUAUGACCAGUUCUGCCAACAAUCACUUGAGAACAAAGGAAUGAUGAAUAAAGAGGGGUUUCCAUCUUGGUCUGAAUCACUUCUGUCUUUAGGCUGAGUUACUACUCCAGGGCCAAGGAGGAGAAGGUGGUGGGUGGUACUAAAGAGAGCAUACAAUUUGAUGAGGACUUUCCCCCUCUGCCUAUUCCUCUUACUUUGAGAUAUGGUUGGUUGUUGAUAGCAGUCCUUUAGAAGAUUCUUCUUUUAGAAAAAUUAAGGGUUAGGCUAUUGUUAAGACCAAGUAUUUCCAAUAGAUCUCUCCACAUCACAUUCACUGAUGUAUGUAAAAGACCAUGCUCUUUGCCAGUAUUUUUUCCCUAGGUUGGGUAGACUAGUCUCCUUAGGUACAACAUAUAUAGAUUAAAGAGCAGCAGAGUGAGUACUGACUUCAAAAUGUUCAUAGCAUCUUUAGUUUGGGAAGUCUCUUAAUGACAAGUAUGUUGCCCGCCAGUCCCACUACCAAACAAGUGACAAAAGCACCUGAUGUUGCAUGAGACAGAUCCCUGGAACAGUGUGUUAGUAUGUGUGUGCUUGUGUGUGUACAUAUCAAUGGGGAAAAUACCAAAUUACUAAUUUGGGGAAGACACCUUGCUUCUCUCUAUUUUGUUUGUGCAUUUGACCCACCAAACUGUAAGUUUGUAAAGUUAUAUCUGCUGCGGGGUCCUGCCCAAAAAGCGAGCUGGCCAGAGCAUGUAUGAUUUCCUUGUUACGUUGGGACAAUAGUGCUUCCUUCUGAUGAAGUGCAGUAUUUUAGCAUCAGGUGAGAUAGAAUGUUAUUGGGGAAGCUUUUCUCAAAAACAGUCUUUUCUUCCUCCUUUGGUGUUAGGCCACCAGCGGUGAUACUUGUUCCUGGUACCCCCAAAUGAGACAAUCCAAAACCCUAUUUAAAAAACAAACCUUUUCUUACCUGAAUAUUCUUUACCUCUGGUGUUUGCUUUUCUGUGUGCAAAAGUCAGAUUUUCCAUUGCCCCAGAGAAAGAGCCAAUACGAAGCUGUCCUCACCUGAAAGCCUGGAUUGAAUUCAUUUAUGGCUGAGGAAUAGGGUUGUUAGUGUUGUACCAUCCUGGCAUAUUUACCCAAAGCCCAAAGCUCAUUCACAUGGCCAGAAAGAGCCUGCUAGCCUGUCAAAGACUGUCAUCCCUACUUUCUUUGUGCCAGCCAAAGGUCCCAAAGAUGAUUUGGGAAGUUUCUCUGAUUGAUGAUGGAUUUUUGCUUCAUUCUGUCCUCCCUAGAAUACAGGGCCCAUCACCCUUCUAAAGGAGCUCUCUGGUCCCACUAAUGUUUUCAAGUAGAAUAGCUCUUCCUUAUGUAACAUGGAAAUGGGUGUUCUCCUGGGAGCUUGUUUAAAUGCCUCAUGUCAAUGGAAAGCUGUGUACAGGCAUCUCAUAACAGAAAUAUUUAGUUCCGUUGUGAACUGGUGGUAAUGACAACUACUUUUUAUCAACUUAUUAAGUUGGGGCACUAUACUAGCUCGUGCUGAGUUUAGCAAUGUUCUAUGUGUGUGUUAAACACAUAAUGUUGUUCAGUUUUAUGAGGAAAAAGGGAUUAAAGCAAAGUAAUGUCACAGAUGACGGAUUUUUUUUUGAGUGCAUCAUUGGCACAAUGUUGCAUUUAUUUCUAUGCUGUUGAGCUUUUGGGGGAUUUAUUUUUUAAGGUAAAAGAUUUGUUGCAUGACCGACUGUUUUUACUGUUCUGCACUUUCUGUUUGUAUAAUCUAAUUUCAUUUAUGAAUAGAAGGGGAGGGGGGAAUGGAUUUAGACAUACACUCCACAUGUGUCCCAGUCCGUUAUUCUACAGUUGAAUCUUAAUAAACA